AGAGAGGGAGGGAAAGAGAGGAGGAGGGAAAAGAAGGGUUUGGUUUAUUGAAUCUGAAUUGGAAGCAUGGGUAGCGGUGAAAUGGCAGAGGGUGGUGCAUCGCUACCCUCGGUGGGUUCAGACGCAAAGAACCGUAGGGUUACCUACUUUUACGAACCCACCAUCGGAGAUUACUACUACGGUCAGGGUCACCCAAUGAAACCGCACCGUAUACGUAUGGCCCACAACCUCAUCGUCCACUACUCCCUCCACCGCCGCAUGCAGAUCAACCGUCCCUUCCCCGCCGCUCCCGAUGACAUCCGCCGCUUCCACUCCGACGACUACGUCGAAUUCCUCUCCACCGUCUCCCCGGAGAUCCUCUCCGAGAACACACACUCCCAAUACCGCCAGCUCAAGCGCUUCAACGUAGGCGAGGACUGUCCCGUCUUUGACGGCAUCUUCGAUUUCUGCCAGGCCUCUGCCGGAGGCUCCAUCGGUGCCGCCGUUCGGCUUAACCGCUCCGACGCCGAUAUCGCCAUCAAUUGGGCCGGCGGCUUGCACCAUGCUAAGAAAGCGGAAGCCUCUGGCUUUUGCUACGUCAAUGACAUUGUUCUCGGUAUUCUCGAGCUUCUCAAAGUUCACAGGCGUGUGUUGUAUGUUGAUAUUGAUGUUCACCAUGGAGAUGGCGUUGAGGAGGCAUUUUACACUACUGAUAGAGUGAUGACAGUGUCUUUUCAUAAGUUUGGGGAUUUUUUCCCUGGAACGGGGCACAUUAAAGACACUGGGGUGGGACCCGGAAAGAAUUAUGCUCUAAAUGUCCCACUGAAUGAUGGAAUGGAUGAUGAGAAUUUCAAUGCCCUUUUUCGACCCAUCAUUCAAAAAGUCAUGGACGUUUAUCAACCUGAUGCAGUCGUUCUUCAAUGUGGAGCUGAUUCCUUGUCUGGUGACAGGUUGGGUUGCUUCAACUUGUCUGUGAAGGGUCAUGCAGAUUGCCUUCGUUUCCUUAGAUCUUUCAAUGUUCCUCUAAUGGUCUUGGGUGGGGGAGGAUAUACAGUUAGGAAUGUUGCUCGUUGUUGGUGUUAUGAGACUGCAGUAGCAGUAGGAGUGGAGCCUAAUAAUAAGUUGCCUUACAAUGAAUAUUAUGAAUAUUUUGGCCCGGACUAUACUCUUCAUGUCGAGCCGUACAACAUCCAGAACCUAAACACACCCAAGGAUAUGGAAAAAAUUAGGAAUACAUUACUAGAACAGCUUUCCAGACUUCCCCAUGCACCCAGUGUACCUUUUCAGACAACCCCAUCAACCAUAAAAGUUCCAGAAGAGGAAGAGGAGGACAUGGAUAGAAGAUCAAAACGUCGCAUAUGGAGUGGUGAAGAUUUUGAUUCUGAUCCUGAUGAAGAUGAGAAGCCUAGUUCAAAGAACUCUAACUUAACUGCCCAUAUGAGCAGUUGUGUUGCAGAUGAGAUGGAAGAAGAUAAGCCAGAAGUGCAUCCGUUAUCUUAAUACUUAUAGAACAGAGCAAGUUCUAGAUUAGCAUGUGAAGCUUAUUACUGUUUGAGUUGUAUAAUAUUACAUAUUUCCCUCUCCGUGAGAGUGUAUAUUUUGGAGUUUAAAUCUUUUGAUGUAUAAAGUAGGAAGCAGUGUUGCCAAAUGGCGGUGUAAGGAAUUUUACCAUGGUGGUGGCAGGAUUCCAGAAAUCACCCAAAAAUAACAUUUCCUUGCAUGUUUGCUCUGGCGGAGCUUAGCAUUUGGUGCUAUGGUGGUAUUUAAAAGAUAGAUGUGAAUUUCCUGAUCUACCCUCU